AUGUACAUCUCUCGUGCGACCAAGUUCCAACCGAAGCCUCCACCGCCCCCUCCGGCUCAUCGCAAAUACCUGCGGGAAUCGAAAAAACUAGCUGUGGAGUUCUGCAACAACACCUCCAUCCAUGGGGUCAAGUACUUUGUCGGCUCGGAUCGGGCACUGAUCGAGAAAAUCUGGUGGAUUGCCGUCUUCCUCCUGUCGUUGUACGGCUGCGGAAGGCUCAUCCAAACAGUCUACGCCAAAUGGGACCGUGAGCCGGUGAUUGUAACAUUCGCCCAGAAACCGACGCCCGUGUUUCAGAUCCCAUUUCCAGCGGUGACCAUCUGUCCGGAGACCAAAGUGAAGGCAUCCAAUUUGAACUUCACCCAAGCGUAUUACUACAGUAGACAUCCGAUACUACGCAAGAAGCUCUCCGACGAACAAAUCAACAAGCUGCUAGCCAUGCUGCAGGUUUGCGAAUUUGCAUUCAGUGAUCAGUUCGACAAUCAAACCUACGACGACGAUUGCGUUUAUCUGCUACAGGAGAUGGCCAUACCCCAGGAUGAAAUAUUCGUCGUUUGCAGUUGGCGUACAACGUUUAGAAACUGCUCGACUGACUUCAAGUUGACUCUGACGGACGUUGGAUUCUGUUACACGUUCAACUCUAUUUCCAGUGACGAUUUGCUGCGCAAAGAUGAACUGCACAGUGACUUUGACUACAUUGCGGAAACUCGUUCGUCCAAUUGGACACUGCACGAUGGGUAUGCAGCGGGAGUCGACAUCGAUACGUAUCCGAAAAGGGUCCUCGGAGCGGGAAUAAAGGCUGGGGUUUCGGCUCUGUUGAAAGCGAACAUAAGCGAUUUGGACUAUCUGUGCGAAAACUCUUUUCAGGGCUUCAAGGUACUGCUGCAUAUGCCCAACGAAUAUCCCCAGUUGCUGAAUCAACAUUUCCGUGUUCCUCUCAAUCAAGAAGUAGCCGUAUCGGUAACCCCCCGGAUGAUAAUUACAUCGGAAUCCAUCCAAUCGUACAAACCGAAUCGUCGGCAGUGCUUCUUCAACCACGAGCGCUAUCUGAAGUUCUUCAAGGACUACACCCAGAGCAACUGCGAGCUGGAGUGUCUAGCCAAUUUCACACUUCGCCGGUGCGGUUGCGUCAAAUUUUCCAUGCCACGAGCUCCACACGUGAAAAUUUGUGGCGUAAGCAUGGAGCAGUGCUACGAAAACGCUACGGUUGAACUGUUGGAAAUGGAGGUGAGAUUACGGGAGAAUCCACGCAUAAAAUUCCAGAACGAAUGCAACUGUCUACCGUCGUGUACUUCGGUGCAGUACAAUACGGAGAUAUCGCAGGCUUCGUUCGAGUGGAUGCGGCUGCUUCCGGUGGUGAAGACCUUUGGGGAUGCACUGACCGGCGUUCAGGUGUCCCAUUUGAUUGUAUUCUUCAAGGAUGCGCAGUUCAUUCCGAUCAAACGGAGUGAGCUGUUCGGUCUUACGGACUUUCUGGCGAAUUGCGGCGGAUUGUUGGGAUUGUUUAUGGGAGUGAGUAUUCUUAGCUUGGUGGAAAUUUUCUACUACUGUAUCAUCAAACCGGUUGUAAUGUGGUGUAAAUCGUCCAAUUCGAAGAAGGAGAAACCAGUUCAAGUGAAAACGGUUAGUGGCGUAGCUGAAGCCAACAGUAUCUGGAAGUAUGAGGGGACCAUGUAA